GCAUCGCUGCUCCAGAGGUUUCAGAGUACAUUAGUCAUAGCAGAACACAACAAUGAGACUCUUACACCCAUUACACUGAACACUAUCACUGCGGCAAAGCGUCUUGGAGGUGAAGUUUCUUGUUUAGUAGCUGGUACCAGCUGUGACAAGGUGGCAGAAGAAGUCAGCAAAGUGCAGGGUGUUGCAAAAGUUCUAGUGGCUCAGCACGAUGUAUACAAGGGGUUUCUGGCAGAGGAACUGACUCCCUUGAUUUUGGAAACUCAUAAAAAAUUUAAUUACACCCACAUUUGCGCUGGAGCAUCUGCCUUUGGGAAGAAUCUUAUUCCCAGAGUGGCUGGCAAACUUGAUGUUGCCCCUGUUUCUGACAUUAUUGAAAUUCAGUCACCAGACACUUUUGUGAGAACUAUGUAUGCAGGAAAUAUUGUUUGCACUGUGCAAUGUGAUGAAGCAAUUAAAGUAUUUACUGUACGGGGAACUUCUUUUGAGGCUGCGCCAACAAGCGGUGGUAGUGCCAGUUUAGAAAAGUUAACCCCUCCACCACCUGUUGGUCUGUCUGAGUGGAUUGAGCAGACGUUGACAAAAAGUGAUCGACCAGAGCUUACGAGUGCAAAAGUGGUUGUAUCAGGUGGGAGAGGCUUUAAGAGCGGGGAAAAUUUUAAGCUGUUAUAUGAUCUUGCGGCUCCGUUGCAUGCUGCAGUUGGAGCUUCCCGUGCAGCUGUCGAUGCUGGCUUCGUUCCUAAUGACAUGCAAGUUGGACAGACGGGCAAAAUAGUAGCACCAGAACUCUAUAUUGCCGUGGGAAUAUCCGGAGCAAUCCAACACUUGGCUGGGAUGAAAGACAGCAAGACCAUUGUUGCUAUUAACAAGGACCCAGAAGCGCCAAUUUUCCAAGUGGCAGACUACGGCCUGGUGGCAGACUUGUUUCAGACACCUCCAAGGAACGCGCAGGUCUCUCUGGCAAACCUGGGCUGUGGGCUCGCCAGGGCCAAGUGCCUGCAGCUGCGCAAGGACACAUCCGCGCAUGUACUGGCAGGAGCUGGCGGGGGCUCUGUGGGCAGCAGCUCCACCAGCACUUAA